UAAUGAUAUUGUUCCCAGCUAAGCAGUCACAUGCAAACUAACACUUAUCUAGUGUGUGCUGCAGCUGUCACACUGAUUCUUGAUUUCUUACUAAGUAAUCUGAAGAUCCAAACAUGACAUAUAACAGAUUCAAGUCUCUUCUACUGAAUACAAAGAAUUUGACUCGUCCUUUCCUGAUCCAUCCUAGCGUCCAGAUGGAGAACCCCCCACUGGUGAUAGCAGCAGCAUCUGUGCUGAAAGAGCUGUGCUACAAAAACAAAGAGGAGCUGCAGGCCGGCUUCAUCACAGCCGGCUGGGACAGGAAGAACGGACCCCAGGUGUACGUCGUGUCUCUGGGUGGGAUGUUGAUCAGUCAGCCAGUUACCAUCGGUGGCUCAGGCAGCACCUACAUCUACGGCUAUGUUGAUGCCAAAUACAAACCCAACAUGAGCAGAGAGGAAUGUCUACAGUUCGCCACUAAUGCUCUCGCUUUGGCCAUGGGCCGAGACAACGUCAGUGGAGGUGUGGCUCACCUGGUGGUGAUCACAGAAAAGGGGGUGGAGCAUGUUGUUGUACCUGGUGAUAAGUUGCCUAAGUUCCAUGAUGAGUGACUAAUGAAAUUUGAAU